GCUGAACACGAAUCUCGAGCUAACGGCUAUCAAAGGCAAUAGACUUGGGUGUUUAUUGAUUGAAAGGGGGGAAUUUAUACAUUUGACAUUCGAAAGGGAUAUUUGUCUAUCUAGCGAUCCCUCCAAAAGAUAGGCUAUCUGCUUUGUAACUUGGAGGUAACUUGUUAUGUUAGCAAGUUAGCUAACCACUUGCUACUGCUAACUAGUGCGUUGACCGCGUUGGCUAGCCAGUUUGCUAACGUUGGCUAAUUUACCCAACCGGCUAGAAUUGCAAGACUGGUACACCUAGCUCCAUUAUCCAUUAUGGUUAUCAAGCCCACCAGCUGACCAUCAAAAUAUGAAUCGCGUUAUUGUAGUUAGCCAGUCAUAGCUAAUAUAACUUAGUUACUUUCUCUUGCGCGUUAGUGUCAAGUUAUUUUUAUGAAAUAUUUCGUUGUCAUUGAUGGUUGCAGAUGUAUUCCUACAAUAUAACGUUAGUAGGCAAAGUUUUGUCCUAGCCUGCUAGCUAACAGUAAUCUUCUAGUCUUUGCCUACCGACCAAUUACUACACAUACGACAGCUAGCAAACUAGACCAUUUCGUUAUUUUUUUUUACCAUUUACGCCCGAGGCAUCCGCGCGCUAUUAAUGUAAUUCAUAGUUAUUAGCUCGGUGGCUAGCGAUGUUACUUGGAAAAGCAUCCAUUUUGAGAUUGAGACAUGAUGGACCAGAAAGCUGCCUAACUAAUUCGUUAAGGUCAAACUAUGCAUGUAGGCAUACCUCAGGCGUGGAGUGUUGAAUUGCUUAGAAGCUUAAAUUCAUUAUUUCAGAAUCAAGAUAAUUUGACGUAUAGUUUUGUUUCCUGUUUGGCGAUAGGGAUUUAGACCUCCUCUUCCUCUGUCCUCGAUGCCAACAAAACAGCCGUCGAAGAAGCAGACGAAAAGAGUGCACUCAGAACUCGUUGGUGACAUCAGAGCUUCCCUUUCUUCAGACAGAGCCUUACUUUGUUCCGACAGGAUGAUGGCCAAAGAUGUUGGUCUGAUGGAAACCAAUGGAGAACUGAAGGUUUUUAUUGACCAGAAUCUGAGUCCUAGUAAAGGUGUCUUGUCUCUGGUUGCUGUCCAUCCUGCAUCCCUCCCUGUGGCCAAACAACUACUGCCCAAAACACUGGGGCUCUCCAAUGUCAACAUUGCUCCACACAUGGUUAUUGGUACGCCCCAGAGGCCCAGUGUUUCCAGUGCCAUACUGGUGAACAGCCCUCACACACCCAGCUCCCAGUUCCUCACACAGAGCCAGCCGGCCGACGCGUCGCCUUGGUCAUCGGGGAAGCGUGGUAAGAAGGGGGAGAAGAAUGGCAAGGGCCUGAGGCAUUUCUCCAUGAAGGUGUGUGAGAAGGUGCAAAAGAAGGGUGUCACCUCGUACAAUGAGGUGGCAGACGAGCUGGUGGCGGAGUUCAGCGCUGCAGACAACCACAUCUCCCCCAACGACUCUCAUGUGUAUGACCAGAAGAACAUCCGACGGCGUGUGUACGACGCGCUCAAUGUGCUUAUGGCCAUGAACAUCAUCUCUAAAGAGAAGAAAGAGAUCAAGUGGAUUGGUCUGCCCACCAACUCGGCCCAGGAAUGCCAGAACCUAGAGGUGGAGAGACAAAGGCGACUGGAGAGAAUCAAGCAGAAGCAGUCACAACUCCAAGAGCUUAUAUUACAGCAAAUAGCCUUUAAGAACCUGGUGCAGCGGAACCGACAGACGGAACAGCAGACCAACAGACCUCCGCCCCCCAACUCUCUCAUCCACCUCCCCUUCAUCAUUGUCAACACUAGCAAGAAGACUGUCAUCGACUGCAGCAUCUCCAACGACAAGUUUGAGUACCUGUUCAACUUUGACAGCAUGUUUGAGAUCCACGACGACAUUGAGGUGCUGAAGCGUAUGGGCAUGGCCUGUGGCCUGGAGGUGGGCAAGUGUUCCCCGGAGGACCUGAAGGUGGCACGUAGCCUGGUGCCCAAAGCCCUGGAGCCUUACGUCACAGAGAUGGCCCAGGGCCCCAUCAGUAACGUCUACAUCACUGGAGGAUCCUCCACCAACGGGGGGCGCCAUCACGGCCAGGGCAGUGACAGUGGUGCAGAUGGUACCCUGGCCUCCAGCUCUAAUGACUCUCACUACAGCGGCUCCCGUGUUGAGACCCCUGUGUCGUACAUGGGGGAUGAUGACGAGGAGGAUGACUAUGAUGAGAAUGACGAUGAAGAUUAACCUCCUGCCACUCCACGCAUUUCUCAUCUCCAACAUGCAGUCUGUCUCUGCAUCUCUCUCUGUAUCGCUUUCUCUCAAGGGCGUUGAAGAAUGUUUGAGUAUGGAGGCUGUGCAACCCUCUUCUCAGAGCGGGAUCCUGAAUCACAUGAUAGCCAAUGGCUCUCUGGGAAGUGUAGUUUAUGGCUUUGGCACUGCUGCGUCCUUUCUGUGUAUUAUCACCCUCUUCUUGGCAAGCCAUCCCACCCGAGAAUAAAGCUACAACAAAAAAUCUUCCAGCCAACUCAUUGCUGUUGGAGAAUGUAUAGUGUUCCUUGUGUGUGAAAUAGUUAUCUUUAUUAUGUUUUGAUUACGUUGGAGAGACUCAAUGGUGAACCACUGUUUCAAGAUGGCUGCCAGUGUAACUGCACCAGACCACUGGCUCAGAGACAUUCACUGGAUCCAAAAUGGCUGAUUUAGUUGCCACAACGCCCUAAGAAAGAUUGAGACUGCCCUUUUGAAAGUGUGGACACUAUUUUGUUACACCUCCCCUCCCCUGCUAUUUGUGGCAUUGAUUUCAAGCAGAGCAUUUGUAUCUGCUCCCCACCGUUCUGUAGGCAGCUGCUUUUCUGGUCCUUGUUUUUGGAGCGUUUUAGCAGCGACUCAAUCCCUCAGACCCUGUCACACCGUGGUAGUGUUUACAAAUGACUGGCACCAGCGAAGAAAAUAACUCCUACCCACGCUAACUAUAGGACAAUGUUAGGCUUUGUUUGUGAGAUGUAAACGGAUCCUGUGAAGAUUGUAGUUUAUAGCAUCCUUUACAGGUCAGUGGCGGAAGGAAGGCCUGGACAUGAUCGAUGUAUCAAAUAUGUGGGUUGUGUAGGUCUCGAUGGACUCACUUCCAAGAUCUCCUUUUUCAAACUGAACAACCCAUGUACUGAUUCUUCCAAAAUACCUUUUCUGUAAUCUAAUAUAAGUUUGAAAAUUAAAUAUAGAGAAUGUUUUAACAAGUUGA